ACGUGCCAGGGCUACUACGACGUCAUGGGCCAGUACGACGCGGCCUUCAACUGCACCACGGGCGGCUACCGCUUCUGCUGCGGCACGUGCCACUACCGCUUCUGCUGCGAGCACCGGGCCAUGCGGCUGGAGCAGGGCCGCUGCACCAACGUGGAGACCCCCUUCUGGGCCCACACCCAGGCCAGCAGCACGGCUGGGCCUGGGGGCCGGGGGCCAGGGGGCUCUGAGGCCGCCCGCCAGCAGAGCAACAGCACCGUCUACGUGGUCUGCGGCGUCAUCAGCUUCACCCUGGCCGUGGGCCUGGGCAUCAAGGUGGCCUUCGGCAAGGCUUCCCGCCGGCCCCAGGGGCGGGAGAUCAACAUGCCCAGGGCUCUUGUUGACAUUCUCAGGCACCAGGCUGGGACCAGCUCGCGCUCUGAGCGCAGCAAUAGCACCACCCUCAACUCAGCUUCCCAGGACAACGGCCCGGCCCGUCCCCCGAAGAACCUUUACAACACCCUCAAGCCCUGCCAGAGCAACCACGACAACAUGCACCACAACUACGUGCACCUCAACGUGAGCAGCCCAAAGCAUCACGCCGCUACGCUGGACUGGCGAGUGCAUCACACCCCCACAUUGGGCCUGAAGUACAACUCACUCACCUGCUCCCGCUCCUUCCACAACCUCUCGCACCUGCCCCCGUCCUACGAGUCGGCCGUCAAGUCGGAGCUCAGCCGCUACUCCUCGCUCAAGAGGCUGGCGGAGAAGGACAUGGACGAGCUGUACCUGAAACGGCGGCACCUGGCCGAACUGACGCGGGGCACGCUGCCCCUGCACGCCAUGAAGAUGAACUACGACCGCUACGGGGAGGCGGCCCAGCACCCGCGACGGGUGAUGUCCCAGGAACACAUCCUCUCGGACGGCUACCGCCCCUCCCCCUACGACUGCCCCGGCCCCCGGGAGCGGGUCGUCUCCCACGAGCGGCUGCUCUCCCGCGAGGCCCUGCACUCCCAGGAGCCUCUGCUCUCGCCCGAGCGCCUGCACCAGGGCACGGGGCCCUUCCAGGAGUUGCGGCUGGGCCACCAGAAGGCCCUGUCCCAGACCAACAUCUGCGCCGCCGGCACCCCGCUGCUCGAACGCCACCAAGGGCACAAGAUGAACUCCCACCCCCCCUCCGCCAAUGCCGCCCAGGCCGCCUGGGAAGUGGGCAGCAACCACACGGCCAGCCGGCGCCAGGGCUUUGGUGCCCGUCGCCAGAGCACCAUCGAGCAGCUGCAAUUCAUUCCUGGGCACCACCCCAGCCAGCAUCUCCGCACCGGGAGCAAGAACGAGGUCACCGUGUGAGGGCCCAGCUCAGGUGGACUCAACUUUCCAAGGCCAUAGCUCUCUUCCUGCUCCUCCUCUGCGUCUUCCCCCAUCCUUCACGUCUUCUUUCUUGGACUGGGCGGCCUGCCGGGCUUCAAGGUCUUUGCUGGGCUUUGGUGGCAUCCGCCUUUGAUGACCUCAGCGCCACGGGCCCUGUCAACUUUUGAUGAUGUCAGGGUCACGUUGAACCAUCCACGCUGGAUGACGUCAGGCCCUGAGGCCCUGUCGACGUUGGGUGACGUCGAGAUUGCCUUGUCUCCAUCCAUGUUAGAUGAUGUCCACUAUUGGUGACAUCACUGCUGCAGGCCUUCUUGACUUGUGAUGAUGUCAAGAUUGCCUUGGGCCCGUCCAUGUUGGGUGAUCUCAGCGCCACGGGCCCUGUCAACUUUUGAUGAUGUCAGCGUCGCGUUGAACCCAUCCACGUUGGAUGACGUCAGCACCUUGGAGCAUGUCAAUAUUGGGUGAUGUCCAGAUUGCCUUGUCUCCGUCCAUGUUAGAUGAUGUCAGUGCCCUGGGCUCUGUUGCCUUUUGAUAAUGUCAGGAUUGUGUUGAGCCUCUCCAAGACUGAUGACAUCAGGGCUGGGGGCCCUCUCAACUUUUGAUGAUGUCAAGAUUGCCUGGGGCCCAUCCCUGUUGGGUGACAUCAGCACUAUGAGCCUUGCUGAUAUUUGAUGAUGGCAAGACUGUGUUCGACCCAUCCACAUUGGGUGACAUCAGCGCCCAGGGCUCUGUUGACAUUGGACGAGGUCAUGAUUGCUUUGGACCCAUCCACAUUCAAUUAUGUCAAAUUGCUUUUGGCCCGUUCACCGACAUCAGCGCUGUGGGCCCUGUUGAUGGUUGAUGAUGUCAGGACAGUCAGGCCUGUCCAUAUGGGAUUACGUCAGUGCUGUGGUUGUGUCAACAUUUGAUUCCAUCAGGACCAGCUGUCCUGUUGACUUUUGAUGAUGAUGUCAGCACUGGCCAUCUUUGAUGACAUCUGCACUGUGGCCCUUGUCUAUGUGUCAUGAUGUCAGUAAGUACUACCAAGCCUGUCAACCUGUGAUGAUGUAAACACUGUGGGUCAACCUUUGAUGAUGCCAAGAGGGCUCUCAACCUCUGCCAUCAAUACCGUAUCCAUCUCAUGACAUCAACACUGUGGACCUUGUCGGUGAUUGAUAACAUGAGUGCUGUGGGCCUUGUCGAUGUCUGAUGACAUCAUCGCCAUUUCAUAGUCUCAACACUAUGGACCUCGUCGACCGUGGAUGAUGCCAGUGUCCUGGGCACCAGCCUAUUGGUUUUGACAUCAGACCAGUGGCUCCAUUGCUGAUUGACGAUGCCUGUUCACUGGACGUUGUUACUGAUGAUGUCACAGUGGUUGGCCUGGUCAGUAGUUGAGGAGAUCAAGCCCUGCCAGGCCUUGACAACCCUUGAUGAUGUCAGCACUGCGGACUUUGUCGGUGAUGGAUGAUGUCAAGAUCAUUGGGGUCUGUUGAUGUUUAAGGUCGGCCCUGUUGAUAAUUCGGUGAUGUCAGCUCUGUGGACCUGGUUCCUUUUUUUGAUGACAUCAGCACUGUGGGCCUUGUCUAUCUUUUGAUGAUGUCAGUGCUAUGGACCCAGUCCACUUGUUGAUGAUGUCACUGCUGUGGACCCAAUCCCCUUUUUUAUGACAUCACAACUGUGGACCUGGCCUGCUUUUUGAUGCUGUCGCCUCCAGAGGUGCGGCCCCCUCUUUUGAGACUUAGCCUGCUCUGUGAUGUCACACCCGCUGGCCCCAUCCGUUCGAUGAGGAUGCCACGGUGCCUUCCGAUGACAUCACUGCUCUCCUCCAGCAGGCCGGAUGCCCUCCGGCGCCGGGGUGGGAGCAAGCAGCGGCCCCCUCACCCCGGAUCUCAUGGCCGGGGCUGGGAGCUCAUCACGUGGGCCGUGAUGCGGCCAAACCUCCACUUCCAUCCCAUCCCACCGCUGCCCCCUAUGUACAUAUCUUUAUAUAGCGCUCUCUGGUUUCUCUCUUCCAGUGCUUCGGCUCUUUGGAUUUCCAGCCCACUCCACUGCCAUGGGGCUGGGGAGCGCCAGCCCCCACCCCUCCAGCACACGUGAAUGUAGUUUGAACAGCCUCAGCUCUUUCGAACCCCACCCUUCUCUCCCCAAGAUGAUGGGUCACCCCCACGCUGCGGGGGGACUGGGUCUUCGUAUCACGCCUUUUUCUUUAUUUCUCUUCUGUUUCUUCGCGGGCCGCUUGCUAGGCCCUGGGAUCUUCGAUCUCAUCACCCACUAGAGUUCUGACGGGUCUCAGCCUCAAAUCUUUUCAUCCCUUCAUCCUUGUUGUGCGCUCCGAUCCCUCCCAUCCGAUGCCAAAACACGCUCCUCUUCUGCACUGCGGUAUGCCUACGGGGCAUGGCCGGCUGCUACCCAUACAGAGGCGCUGAGAUGGGGUCCUGCCGUGCUGGGCACUGCACAGAUAUCGUCACUGAGAGCGGAGGCCCGUCAGGCCAGGCGCUGCCCAGACACAGAGUCACUGAGAUCGGGGCCCCAUUGCGCCAGGCACUGCCCAGACACAAGCAUCGUCGAGAUUGGGGCCUCGUCGCUCCGGGCACUGCCCAGAUACACGCUAUCUGUGUCUUCCUCACAGAGUUCUCCAUCUAAACGUAUCAAAACCAACUGGAACCCAGGCUAUCCCGCAGGGCUCCCUCUCCCCUUCAUGGCUGUACCACAAAUAGUGGCUUAUAGGCCACGUACCACCGUAGCUCUUUAGCCCAGGCGCUACACAAUCUCAUUCUUCCCCAAGGCAUUAGGAACUCCCGAGGGCCUUGGCAUGGCUUCUGGUGCAGAAUGUCCGGCCUUAAAUAAAACCCCUCUCCUCACACUGGCUCGUGACGUCAGGGGAUUCUCUGCAACCCUGUGAGGCAGUAGCUUAAAAACCAAUACAAGGAGCGGCUUUACUGCUAUAUGGUUAGUCUGCGGAACUCCCCACCACAGGAUGUCACUGUAGCCACAAGCUUAGGCGUCUUCAAAGGAUCAGCUUCUCUAGGGGUGACUGUGACUCACAGCAAUUCAACUGGUCUCUCUGUCGCAAAUCUCUUCAGCCGGGGUUAUAACUCAAGAGCUAAAAUCAUUUCAAGCCAACCCCCUGGGUGAGUCAUUCCAUAUCUGGGAUGUGUCGUCCCUUCCUCUGAAGCAGGUCUGUAGAGACUGCUGGUGGAGACGGGAUACCGGGCUAGAUGGGCCGGCCCCAUUGGUCAGUUGUUAGACUCCUGUGAUUUGGGUGAGGGGUGUGCUUCGGUGUUUGGGGUGCCUGUCUCAAGCGCCUGAUUGUGAGAGAGGCGGGUGCUCAGUGCUGCCAGCUAAUUGGGAAUGCCUUGGUGGCAUCCGGAAAUCACAGGAACAGAGGAAAUUGACUGGAGCCGAUUAAUGGGCCCAUCUGGCCCAUCCCAUCUCUGACCGUGACCAGUAUCGGAUGCUUCAGGGGAAGGUGGUUAAAGCAGAAGGUUUGAGGAGUCAGGACUCCUGGGGUC